AAAUACCAGUGUCCUUAUUGCAACAAAGGAUUCUCACGACCCUCAUCGCUUCGCAUUCACACUUAUUCACAUACAGGUGAAAAACCCUUUGCAUGUCCUGAGGAAGGCUGUUCCCGAAAAUUCUCGGUUCAAAGCAAUAUGCGACGACAUUUGCGUGUC